UCUAUUCUGGGGGGGGUUUACCAGAUUUACGUAAUUUAAAACGUACAGUUCGUCGUAUUCGUCAACGUGAACAAAAUCCACUGGCUAUUCCAACAAGUCGUGAUACAAUAAUAAUCGAUCCCGAAUAUACAAAAACAAUGCGCCAACAUACAUUCCUUCAAUUUGAUUCUGGAAAAACACAACGUCUUUAUAAACAAAUGAUAGAUGAAAUUGUUCAACUGCGCCCAAAAUUUUCACCACAAAAUAUAAUGAUGGAUUAUGAACGUGCUGUUAUUAAUGUAUUCAGCAAAAAAUUUCCAAAUGCGGAUAUAUCUGGAUGUUUCUUUCAUUUAUGUCAAAAUAUUUAUCGUCGUGUGCAACAUUCAGGUCUUACAAAAUUAUAUGCGGAUGAUCCAAACGUUUCACAAAAUAUUCGAUCGUUAGCAGCUUUAUCAUUUUUACCAACAAGUGAUAUUAUGUCAACAUUCGAACAAUUGAAACAACAAUUUCCAGCACAAGGGCAACCAAUUAUUAAUUAUUUUGAAGAAACAUAUGUCGGUAUAAAAAGUCGUUUAUCUCGUCCACGUAAACAGCCGAAAUUUGAAUUAGAUUUAUGGAAUACGCGUGAAAAUACAAUUCAAGAAUGUCAUCGAACUAAUAAUAUCGUUGAAGGAUGGCACAAUCGGUUAUCAGCAUUAUUUAAUUGUAAACAUCCAAACUUCUAG